AUGGGCGACUGGAGCUUUCUGGGGAAACUUCUAGAGAGCGCCCAGGAGCACUCCACGGUCAUCGGCAAGGUCUGGCUCACGGUGCUGUUCAUCUUCAGGAUCCUGGUGCUGGGCGCGGCGGCGGAGGAGGUGUGGGGCGAUGAGCAGUCGGACUUCACCUGCAACACGCAGCAGCCGGGCUGCGAGAACGUCUGCUACGACCGCGCCUUCCCCAUCUCGCACAUCCGCUUCUGGGCGCUGCAGAUCAUCUUCGUGUCCACGCCCACCCUCAUCUACCUGGGGCACGUGCUGCACCUGCUGCGCAUGGAAGAGAAGAAGAAAGAGGCGGACGCCGGCGCGCGGCCCGGGCCGGGCCAGGACUGGCCGGCGGUGCGCGACGAGCGCGGCCGGGUGCGGCUGGCCGGGGCGCUGCUGCGGACCUACGUGUUCAACAUCAUCUUCAAGACGCUGUUCGAGGUGGGCUUCAUCGCCGGCCAGUACUUCCUGUACGGCUUCGCGCUGCAGCCGCUGUACCGCUGCGACCGCUGGCCCUGCCCCAACACGGUGGACUGCUUCAUCUCGCGGCCCACGGAGAAGACCGUCUUCAUCCUCUUCAUGCUGGCCGUGGCCUGCGCGUCGCUGCUGCUCAACGUGCUGGAGAUCUACCACCUGGGCUGGAGGAAGCUGAAGCAGGGCCUGAGCAGCCGCCUGGGCCCGGAGCCCGGCCCCUCCGUCGCCGUCGCCCUCGGGUUCCCGCCCUACUGCGCCGGCUGCCCCGGGGCCCCGCCCGCCGACCUCGGCACGGUCGCCCUGGCCGAGGCGCCCCGGGACGGGCCCCCUGCCCAGCUCUACGACGGCCGCCAGCUGCUGGCGACAGAGCGGAGCUGGGCCAACCAGGCGGCCGGCAGCAGCGACCGGCUGCCCGCGCAGGAGCCCGGCCCGGGGGGCGCCGCGCCCCUGCUGCUGGGGGCCGGCAGCGGCAGCAGCCUGGAGGGGAGCGCCUCGGCCGGGACGUCGGAGGAGGGGGAGCAAGCGGGGACCCCCGCGGCGGAGAGGCCCGCAGACCCCGGCCGCGCCAGCAAGGCCAGCAGUGGUCGCGCCAGGCCAGGCGACCUGGCCAUCUAG